GCUUCCCUGGCUCGCUUUUUGUCCUUGCUCUGCGGCGCCCUCUAUAACCACCAAGUUUCUUUCACUGUACCAUAUCGGACGCAUUCUGCACGCCCCCCCUGUACCUCUGUAACUUCCGUACCCCAGCCACGCACACCCAAUGGCCAGAUCCAAGGACGCUGCCGCCCAGGCCCCUAUCAAGGCCCCCGAGGGCUACCCUGACGAUGUCUUUGACUCGCAGUACACCCAGAUCCGCAAGAAUGCCGGCAGCCUCACCCACAACCUGGGUCACAACACUGUCACCUACCUCAAGGAGCUUUUCCCCGUCAUUGACUGGCUGCCUCGCUACAACCUCUCCUGGUUCACUGGUGAUCUCAUUGCCGGUGUGACCGUCACGGGUGUGAUCAUUCCCCAGGCUCUGGCUUAUGCCACCCUUGCUGGCGUCCCCGUCCAGUAUGGCCUGUACACCGGUGUUGCCGGCAUGUUCUUCUACUUCCUGUUCGCCACCUCCAAGGAUGUCACUAUCGGCGCCACUGCCGUGCUCUCCCAACUCCUCGGUCAAGUCAUUGCCUCCAUCAACUCUGACAACAAGUACUCGCCCAUUUCCAUCGCUGUCAUCAUCGCCUUCUUCCAGGGUAUCAUCGAGCUCGUUCUGGGUCUCUUGCGCCUCGGUAUCGUCGUCGACUUCCUUCCCUCCUCGGUCAUCUCGGGCUUCACCACCGGUGCCGGUCUCACUGUCAUCAUCGGCCAGAUCCCCGGCCUCUUUGGCAUCCAGGGCGUCAACACCAACGACCCCUCGUCGCUCAACAUCCUGAUCAACACCAUCAAGAACGCCUCGACCCUCAGCAACCUCGACACAGCCUUUGGUGUCUCUGCCCUGGUCUUCCUGCUCCUCGUCAAGUACACCACCCUGAUCCUGGCCCGCCGCUUCCCCAAGCUUGCCUGGCUCAAGUGGGUCAGCAUCACUCGCAAUCUGGUCGCUUUGGUUGUCUUCACCGGUAUCAGCUACGCCAUCAGCAAGGACGCCAAGAACGGCAAGUACCCCAUCUCCCUCGUCAAGACUGUCCCAGCCGGUCUCGCUGGUGUGGCUGUUCCCAACCUCGGUGAUGCUGGCUUGGUUGCCCGCGCCGCCCAAGGGCUCCCCGCUGUUUUGAUUAUCGCCAUCAUCGAGCACAUCUCUGUCGCCAAGUCCUUUGGCCGUAUCAACAAUUACAAGGUCAGCCCCAACCAGGAACUCGUCGCCCUCGGUCUCGUCAACUUGCUCGGCAGUUUCAUCGGCGGCAUCCCCUCGACCGGCUCCUUCUCGCGCACUGCCAUCAAGUCUGCCUCGGGUGUCCGCAGUCCCUUUGCUGGCCUGAUCACCUCGGUCCUGGUCCUGAUUGCCCUGUACACCAUCACUCCAGCCCUGUUCUGGAUCUCCAAGGCCUCGCUCUCGGCCCUGAUCAUUGCCGCCAUCACUGAGCUCUUUGCCCCUCCCGAGGUCAUCAAGCAGCUGUGGGACAUCCAGUUCACCGACUUCCUGUCCUUCUGGGUUGCCCUCUUUGUCACCGUCAUCUUCAACAUCGAGACCGGUAUCGAAGUGUCCAUCGGCUUUGCCCUCGUAAUCCUGCUGUACAGAAUCGCCCGCCCUCGCAUCCAGCCCCUCGUCCAGCAUGCCGGCAAGUGGUACUCGCUCGGCCAGUCCCACGGCCUCGAGACCUCGCAGCCCCCCGCCGGCGUUCUUGUCUUCCGCCCCGAAGAGUCCCUGACCUACCCCAAUGCUAGCUACAUCACCGAGAAGAUCCUCGACGAGGCCAAGGAGCGCACCCGCUACGGCGGCGUUGUUACCAAGCACAGCAACGACAAGGUCUGGAGCGAUUCGACUGGCCUUGCCAAGAAGACCGAUCUCAGUGGAGAGCGCCCCAUCCUCCGCUCGCUUGUCGUCGACCUGUCCUCGGUCAACUUUGUCGAUGCUACGGGCAUCCAGGCCCUGAUCGAUCUCCGCCACGAGCUCGACCGCUAUGCCGGCCACAACGUCGCCAUCCACUUCAGCCGCGUCAAGCCCGCCCUGGUCCGCCCCAUCAAUUACUUCCUCCAGACGACCAAUUCCAAGAAGGUCGUCGCUGCCGUUGGCAACACCUCGGGCGUUGCUGAUCCCGAGGCCUCCCAGGAGCAUCUGUGGGUUCCCCAGGACGCCACUCGCUUCAUCCACAAGAGCAUCAGCGAUGCUGUCAGCGCUACUGUUGUCUAAACGGUAUUUUAGUGGGAGGGAGUACUGCCGUCGCCGCCGACUAGCACACGAUUCGUUCCUGCCUCUCCUCUGUUCUCUGCUCGAUCGCACCGAACCAUCUUGGCCUAUUGUUUCAUAUUCAUCUGGCCGCCACACCCAAAACGCUCCCUGACCCUCCCCCAGCACUCACAUAUAGACAUUCUCCGAGGGGGAGUCACUGCUGGCUCUCCCUGGUUUGAACUCCUUGAUCAUUUGGACUCACCUGAAUCCUCCCCCCACCUUUGGACUUUUGAAACAAAAAUCAACUUGAAUUCUUGAACAAAUCUCAUGAUUCACUCCUCCUCCUUUUCUUUUCCUGCUUGGUCGAUACUUUUGUACCCAUGUCCUUGUCUCACUGUCAUUAUGUCCCUCCUGCCUGUAUGAUAUUGACCGAGAUUGCUGAAUGAAAAAUAGCCAGCGAC